UUGUUGGUUUGUCCGGGCUGAAAAAUAUAUAUUUCUUGGCUGUUUCCAUGGUUACACAUUUCUUUUAGUGAUCAUGUCAGAUCCUAUUGAUUCACUUGUAUUGACAGCAACUGAGAUGUUCCCCAAAUAAGUGGAAUGGAAAGAUUGGAGUAGACAAGAAUUCACAUUUUAAACAUAAAACAGUUUUGACAAAACAGUACUAUUAGUGAGGGAAGAAGUAAUUGCUGACGAUGCAUAGUGAAGCCUGAUAGCAAAUCUGUAAAUGGUGAAAAAUCAGACUUAUUGCAUAAGUAAAAAUAUAUGAAUAACUUGCUGUUGAUGAACUAAGAUGAGUCCUGUCACUGCAGGGGAAGAGGGUGGUAAGUGAAAAAGUGGAGAAGAGUAGUCCUGUUGGUCUUGCAGCAAUUAAACACUCUUCUGAGGGCAGAAGGGAGCCUCUGGAUAACACUACAGGCAGAAAGGACUGUCCAAAAAGCCAGGUUGGAAAGAAGCAGGAACGAAAGUGUCGAGUUGAGUGUGCUCAUCAUGGAUUUACUGAUUAUAAUCCUUAUCCCCAGCAAACCGAAGCGCUGACUGAUCUCAGUGUCCCCACUUCCAGCGAGGAGCAGCUGGAGUACCUGCGCUGGAAAAAAGAGAGAGAAGAAAUUGACCGAGAGCGUGUGGCUCGCCACAAAAACUCCCAGGGCCAGUGGAGGAGAGCCUGGGACAUGGACAAACCUGAGCUUACGUUUUCUGAAAAAGGCACAGCAGAGAGAGGUACACCGAGCCGAGGAGGAAGGAAUGCUAGAAGAGGACAAUCCAGACCUUCAGCGACAGAAUCACGAGGUGGACAGCGUGAUAAGAGAGCAAAGAAUGUUCCUGUGGUUGGCAGUAAAGUGAAAGGAAAGGACCGCUUGACUGGCCGAGCCAGGAGAUGGGACGCUAAAGAAGAAGCAGAGUAUUUACAGGUGGGUACAGACACCAGUUUGGAGGAGUUUUUGGAGGAGCUGGAUGCUCUGUGUGAUCCUGAGGUUAAAAGUAAUGGCCCAGAAAGUGAAACCCAGGAAGCAGAAUCUAGUGCGUCUGAGGAGACGGCUACAACCACCAGUGCUGUUUCUGAACAUACUAAUCUAGAGAGUCAGGUUAUUCCUGCAGACUCGUCCAGCAAGAACACCUCCAUCUCCAGGGGAGCUGAGAAGAAAGUCCGUUUUUCCGAAGACCUCAUUCAGGGAGCUUUUGAGAAGAACUUGAACACUGAUAUGACUGAGAUCAAAGCCAGUUCUUUGAAAAGCAUGCCACUGACCAAAACGACGCUUGGAGAGCAGGAUGCCCAGCAGGACCUGAGUCAUGAUCAGGAAGGCAUGAAAAACACCCAGGAACAAAAGACCACAGGCGUUCUUCUAACAGAUCCUCAAGCCAAAACACCAGGUCGGUUUGAUUCCCAAGAGACAAGCAUUAAAGAACUGAAACCAAUCCCUGAGAGCAUCCUGAUGGAAGAGAACAAAUCUGAAGAAUCACCUUGUGAAAGUGUUGCUUCUCAAAAUGGCACUGAAGCCACAGCUUCUGCUGAACAGAACCUGCUUCACACUAUGGAACCUCUGAAAAAUAACACCUCCAGUAAUACUGACGAGCUGAUCGACUCCAGUCUCUCUGUACUGAGUUUGGAAUCUGGAGAUUCUCUACCUGUCCACAGCACCAGCACUGAAAAGGCCAGAGAGAACGGGAAGGUAGUUUAAAAGGCGUGUUCUUUUAUGCCCACAUCUGUUCAAGAUGGAAGACAGAAACCAAACAAAGCCAGAGGCUGCACUGCAGUUUGCCUGUUUUAUUCUGUUCUAGCUUCAGAAAUGGUUAGUUUGAGAACUAAUAGAAAUUAGCUUCAUGACAUAGUAGUGGGCAGUAUGGCAGGUUUAUGAUCACUAUUUAAAAUUCUCACUUGUAAUGAUGCUCAGUGGCUGUUAUUUUGUUCAUAUACACAAACUUACAGCUAAGCCUCUUGAUUUUCUUAAAGAAAUACCUUAUUAUGGCUGAUCAAGUUCAGAAAGAGGGAGAAUGUGCAGUAUUGAAGCAGCUCACUGUGUUGAUCUUACGCAUAACUCGUUCAUCUUUCACGUUAAAAACCUAAACAGAUUUAGAUAAAUUAGGGGGUGAUAUUGGCCUAAAUAUGCAUAUUAGCACUCACCAUGACCAUGACCAGCAUAAAACACACAUUUUAUUUUAAACUAUUUAUAACCAGUUAAUUCAGUGAUGAAGUAGUUUGUAUUUAUGUGGGAUUCCAUGAUUGCAGUGCCAUUUGCGUCCCACUACUAUUACAUUUACAAAAAUGCACUUAAAGAAAAGAUAAAGACAUACACAUAGGAGUGUAUAUAUAAACAUAUAUAAAGACUUAUACAUACGUAGUGUCCUUACCAAUAAGUUAUAUGCAUAUUUCUGAUCAGAAUUUAAAAUCUGUCAUCAAAUAUUAUUUAACCAUUUAUCAAUUUGACUUAAGUAAAGUGGAUCCAGACAAUUACCUACAGUUAACAGCAAUAAAGACUGAUUAAAGGACAUGCAGGGAAAGUGUAUCAGUCUUAAACAGUGAAAAAAACAUAAUUUCUUUCUCAUAGAAAAAGACAUCUUUCUCAUAAUUUCUUUCCAAAAUGUCCCCUUUUUAUAUCUCAACAUAAGGGGUUUACCAUUUUUUGUGUUAUAUUUUCUUGCAUAUGUCAAAUAUUCAGCAUUUGAGCCUGUCCUAGACCACAAUAAUCAAUGUAAUAGUUAAAUUAUUCUUAUUUGGAUUAGUGUGGAAAUCCAGUAACAAAGGGAUAAAUAAUAAAGGCAUAUAUAUAUAGGAAAAAAAUUAAAGAAAACGUCCAAAAAUAUGCUUUUUUAUUUUGUUAUAUUUGUUGGCCUUUUCUACAUAAGAAAGAAGAAACCGGAGAAGCAACAUUAAAAAGAAUGACACAAAUGCUGCUGUAUAAAUAAAUAAUACUGAAUGAAGCAAACUCAUAAGAAAAAUAAAAUCUCUUUCAACCUUCAGAGCAUCUAAGAUCACAAUACUACUUAUAAUAUAAUACCACCAAGCUGAGGAUAAAAAUACCUUUUUUAUAGAUACCUUUUUUUCUAGUGAUACAGUGGUAUUGACUGAUGAGGUCACUUUAAAGUGCACCACUGUUAUCUGAAAAUUAUUGACUGAAUUAAUUAAUCAAAUGAUCCUAAUGAUCCUAAUAAUCAAAAUACCCCUAAUGUAGGGUGACCAUAUGUCCUCCUUUUCCUGUACAUGUCCUCAUCUAAAUUGCACCACACUGUGUGGAUUUGCAUUGCAUUAGCCCAUCUCUUUAGGUUCUGCCUUCUUGCCCUCCACAGUUGGUCACUUGUGUACACGCCCUGCACUCUAUCAUUGGUCAAACUGCUGGUCCAUCAUCACCCUCAGAGCGAGUGAGACAGGUGAUUGGUUGAGAAGAGUAGUGUAUGGAGCAUGAAUAUAAAUUUUCAGAUAAAUUAGAUAGAUAGAUAAAUAAGUAAAUAAAUAAGCAAGUAAAUAAAUAAUGACAAGAUUCCUGUUUUCCUUUCAGUCAAGAAGUGGACUAGAUCUAACUAAAUGGGGUCUAAAUACAUGAAGAAAAACUACUGACUUGUAAGCCUUAAGGGAAGCUUUAAGCUUAGAUGAGAGAACUCAGCAGGACUGAUUUUUGUUGGCAACUGAUAUUUUAUGUUAAUUUUAUACAUUUAUUUAAAUGUAUAAAAAAAUGUCCAUGUAGUAUAUUUGGCCAUGUAGUAUAUUGAGCCAUUUGUUAAGACUAACCAUAACCUCCCAUCCACCAUGAGUGCCCCAUGCUUAAAAAAUUAAAAUAUGGUGACCCAGCCUAAUGUCCUCAUGCGAUUAACAUAGAUCUUACCAUAUUUUUUUUGUAUUUGCCAAAACCAUGUUCCUUGUUUACAUGCAAAAUGCAGCCAUUUUCACCAAACAAUCCUGUAAAACUGAGACUGGUGCCUAAAAAUGGAUGAAUAUGUUUUCAGACCAAAUUUUGUUAAGAAUUCAUGAAUUAUAUGCAUUACAGAGGGCUAAAGGGCACCUCAGUCAUAUAAUCACCUUUAUACUUUUUCUGCAUAAAGUGUGUAUAGCGUUCUGUAAGAAAUCAGAAAGGUCAUCAGUAUAACAUCAGUAAACCAUGACACACAAUGACUAUUUUAAUAUAAAUCAUAGUAUAUAUUUUUGCCCAUACUGCCCAAUACUUCCAUGACAUUUAACACGUUUCAGUUCCUUCAGGAUUUCUAGUUUUCUAGUAUUGUGGCCAAAAUCCUUAAUUUGCGUGCAGGUUUUUUCCAAAUCUGCGAAGCUUUUAAAUUGCACUGCCAUUUUAAGCUUUUAUUUGAAUUGCCAAAAUUGCAAGCACAGGAUUCUUUGUUUAAACGUCUACUUGUGAAGACACACAUGUAAUUACUGUCUAUGGGAGCUGAACUCACGUUCGACUCACGUGACUUGAAGAGGGUUUCGGCUGAAUGUGUGUUGCCCCAAACCUGCAUAAGAUCCACUGUAAUUUUGAAAGCUUCACAGAACGUCAGAGUUGGCUUGAUUUUGUGUUUAUUUCUGUGAUCACAGAAUCAUGAAAUCCUGGAGGGACUGGGGAUUUACUAAUGUGUAGGUUUUAAUGUUUACUGUUUGUUUUGGCUAAAAGAAAAGUUGGGAAUGAGGAAACCAAGGAAGGUGCCUGAACGUCAUUUAAAGAUAUUGGACCUAGAUUGGAUCUAGAUUAGAUUUUAUGAGGUAGAGAAUAUGAGGACAGUACUAAUAAUAGGAGUGGAUGAGGGAGACAAUGAUCACAAUAUAUCACAGUGUACUUGUAUUUCAUGGAGUAGCUGUUUCUGACUGAAGAGUUUCUAAAUCAUGUGGAAUUUUCUCAAUCAUGGGCUUUUCUCAUUUCACUGGUUGGUAUUAAAAUUGAUUUUUUUUUUUUUUUUAAUAUUGCUCAUUUAUUAGGAAUUAUUCUAACGCGGUUUUGUCAUAGCAGAAAAAUAAAUCCCAAAUCGCAGAAAAUAAACCCAAAAUGCCCUGGUUAAGAAUGAUGAGAUUCUUAUGUCUCAGUGUUGAGUCUGUAAUUGAGCUCAGAAAUCGGUGAUGCUGAUGAUGUUGUGGAUGCUUUCAGAUGAUGUGACUAGGCUUUAUUCAAGAAAAGCAUCACAAAAACUGAACCCUCACACUUUUCCUUUCACCCAUAAUUCACUUGUACAUAUUGCAAGGUUGUUUAUCAUACCCCUAAUGAUCAGCAGCAACUUGUUGUUUAGCAUCAAUUUGAACUUUGUGUAGCACAAAUUGAACCCUUAUCGAUUCCCAUUUCCCUUACAUGAUUUUAUUAACUCAGGAUUUUAUUUAUACUACUAUUAUUAUUAUUAUUAUUAUUAUUACUAUUAUUAUUAUUAUUAUUAUUAUUAUUAUUACUAUUAUUAUUAUUAUUAUUAUUGUUUACACUUCUUCGCUACUCCCGCCUCCCUCUUUUUGACGUGUAACUGACAUCUAUUCCAGCCAAUCGAGUCUUAACAACUGGGAAACACACAUGCCCACUUCUCUUGCACAAAAAACUGCCCACUACUAGUUGCUUCUGAUUCCUGAAAUCAGUCUAGAUGUUGUGGUUUGAAGGAAGUACGGUACGCAUUAUGCUAAAAAGCACUAUGCAGCAUAUUGAAUGUCUAGAUUUUUAAAAGAUUAUUUGACAUAUUUGAAUUCACAAAAAUAAAACACACUCACAGGAAAUCAACCACAGGUUCCAAAUUGUGUAUACACACACACACAGAGAUCAAUCACACAUAUACAGGUCGAUCAUACGCUACUGAGUUUUGUAUUUUUGUAUGCACAUAUUUUGGGAAGUGACAUUUUGUGCAAAGAGAGUUCAAGCAAUGUUUACUGCUUUUAAAAGUAUGUUUCUAAGCACUUUAUUUUGUAUAAAUGCUCGCUAUGUUCGGAAGCGUUACCGUUAAAUCUGAUGAACACUGUACCUUGAAAUACAAACCCCUUUAAGACUGAACACUUAACACUGUCACAUGACUCAAUUGUUUUUGAGUGCAGAUUUCAUUUGCUUAUGCAGAAAGGUCAUUUGUUCCCUUGUGAAGAAUGAAAAAAAAAAAAUGCAUUUUCUGUUUGCACAUAUAGUAAAAAUAGGCCUGAAGCAAUAUGCUUACAUGCAGUAACACACUGCUGAUUUUGAUGAUAUGAAUAAUGAGGUACGAAGAAGGAAAACUCGACUUGAUUCAAAAGUCAAGUUGAAAAGAUAUGUACCUGUUUAUAGUAUUAAAAAUCGCCCAAUUAUAUAAAAAAACUUAAUAUUUUCAUCAUUUCAAAAUGAUUACUGUUAAUCGAUCGAUUGGUUCAAUAAAGAUAUAUUGUUCCAGGCCUUUUCUGAAUCACUAAAUAAAAGUACUGCUUUUGCUCAUUUAGUUCUGAGAUAUUUCUGUUCACUUAAAUGUUGCAAUUUUCUUUUGCUUUAUUUAAGCAUGGAUUAAGUGACUAAUUUAAUAUUUAAUUUUGUACAUCAUGCUGUAAUUAAUGUAUUUGCCACUGUCACUUUGUGUCCAGCAGAAUUUGAGAUGGAUUUUGUGUACUACAUUGCGUAUUAAACAGAUUUUGGCUCACA